UUCAUUCACCGGACAAAUUCGAUUUCAUCGCCACCACGAACUUCGUUAGCUGCGUCGAUAAUGGCAGUACACCGCCUCAUCCGACUAUUGUUGAAGAAGAAUCUGGAGCCGAAUUUAAAUCUCCAUCUAUACGAAUGAAUGCCAAUCCUGCUGAAAAUUAGUUCACUAGAACGAAACUGCGCAGCAGCAAUGCCUCUCCCUUCGACUUCUGAUUUCUCCAGUUUCAAAUUAGUCUCUCCUGUCAUCAAUAUUUGAACAUAAAAUAAGCACGGUUGAAGUUAUAUUUCUGUGCAGAGUCAAUUUCAAAAUGCAUGCGCGUUGGUUUCAGAGGAAUUUCUCUUCUGCUUUGUCCCCUUUAGCACACCUAUAAAGCUUCCAUCUCGAAUGUAUGUAACAUUUUCUGGGAGACACAUUUUUGGUAUAUUUUGCCUGAUGAGGUGCAGAAUACAACACUGUUGGAUCGAUAUAUAGAGCUUCUAUCACCUUGUGAGAGAGAAAAUGUCUUCAGCAUGCAUGGAAACCAUCUCAGAAAGCAAGCCCUCCUCGCCCGAGCAUUGGUUCGCACAACAAUUGCAAGAUAUCAGAUAAAUUGUCAAGUUAAUCCAAGAUCCUUGAAGUUUAAGAAAAAUAUUUAUGGGAAACCAGAGGUAGAGUGGCCGAUAUUUGAUGAUUGGGACCCGCCGGCAUUGAAUUUCAACAUAUCCCAUACAUCUUCUUUAAUAGCCUGUGGAGUGACUGUAAAUUCUCCUAUUGGAGUUGAUGUGGAGGAGAAGCAACGCAGGUUAAAGAGUGAUAUCCUGUCUUUUGCUCAUAGGUACUUUUCUCCUCGUGAAGUGGAGACUUUAACAAUGAUAUUAGACCCUGAAGUUCGGCGCCAGGAGUUUAUCAAGUUAUGGACUUUGAAGGAAUCAUAUGUAAAGGCACUCGGAAGGGGCUUCUCUGCUGCGCCUUUUAAAACUUUCACAAUCCAGUUCAGAGCAGGAACUAAAGGAGGCCGUCAUCUUUCUCAGAAAUUAGAUUAUGAGACGCCAGAAAUAGUUGUUGAUCCUUCUAAUGACUCAACAAUGCGCGCAAGAAAAUUUCAAUUUUCACUCCUGGAUUUGACUGGCUCUCAUUAUGCUGCCAUUUGCAUAGAAAAUGAUAAAACAAUUUGUGCUGAAGGCUGUGUUCCAUUGAAAUUGAAGGUGUGGAAAACCAUUCCAUUUGUCAAAGAUGAAUAUGUUUCGGGACCGAGGCAGUUGUACCAAUCGGGGGCUUAAUUCAGCAGUUCUAGUUUCAUCAUGGUGCAAAUUUUGUUACAACACUCUUUGCCAUAGUUGAGCAAUUGCUAUGUAAAUUGCAUUAUUCUCAGCAUUGCCCUCUUUACAUAGUAAUUGGAGCAUCACAUAUCAAUUGUCCGAUGGAAUCUUAGAAAUUUGAUAAUGAUGAUAUGGUAUAUGUAGCAGCAGUUAUCUGUGGUUUGUUUUAUAAAACAUCAUUCAUGUACAAUCGCGUAAUAUGAAUCAGCGUCCAGCACAUUCAUCCUGGUUCUUCUUAUAGCUUACAUUCGCGGUGUGCUUACACCAGUAACCAGCAUCCUCCCAUCUGUAACUUCGGGCCACCGCUCAUAGGGUUUGAUUGAUUAUCCUCGUAUUGUAAUAGUAAUUGUAUUCUCAUUA